GCCCCUUCGUGUGAGUGGACCUGCCCUUCGCCUCCUCUCUAUAUCCAGGUCACAAAUGAGGACACCAGCGCACAAGCAGCUCAGGCGGCCUGCCCAGCAUCACACAGCCACUCCUGGUGGCAAUCCCAGACUCCAUGAGGAAACAGGAGGUGCGGACCAGUGGGGAGGCAGGCCAGGGCCGAGGCCCCGGCCCCCCGGCGGGGCAGGUGAAAGCCCUCGUGGACCUGCUGGCCGGGAAGAGCAGUCAGGGCUCCCAGGCCCCACAGACCCCAGACAAGACGCCACAUGCCCUCCCCUUUGGCCUCUGUCCCACAGACUCCAGGAUACAGAAGUGCCAGGAGACUCUGCUGAACAGGGCAAAGGGAAGCCCGGAGCUGGGUGGCCCCUCGCCCAGGCUGACCAGCCUCCUCCUAGUGGAGGGUCUCACAGACCUGCAGCUGAAGGAACACGACUUCACGCAGGUGGAGACCACACGUGGGGACUGGCACCCGGCUAGGACCAUCACCCUGGACAGACUCUUCCUGCCUCUGUCUCGAGUGUCUAUUCCACCCCGAAUCUCCAUCACCAUCGGGGUAGCUGGCGUGGGCAAGACCACCCUGGUGAGGAACUUUGUCCACCUCUGGGCCCAGGGACAGGUUGGCAAGGAAUUCUCCCUGGUGCUACCCUUGACCUUCCGAGAUCUCAACACCCACGAGAAGCUGUCUGCCGACAGACUUCUCCGCUCUGUCUUCCCGCACGCUGGCGAGUCUGGCCCGGUGGCAGCAGCCCUACCCCAAAUCCUCCUGAUCCUGGACGGCCUGGAUGAAUGCAAGACCCCCCUGGACUUCUCCAACACUGUGGCCUGCACAGACCCCAAGAAGGAGAUCCAGGUGGACCAUCUGAUCACCAACAUCAUCCGAGGGAACCUCUUCCCAGAAGUUUCCGUCUGGGUCACUUCCCGUCCCGGCAUGGCUGGCCAGAUCCCGGGGGGCCUGGUGGACCGGAUGACAGAGAUCCGGGGCUUUACGGAGGAGGAGAUCAAGGCGUGUCUGGAGGAGCUGUUCUUGGAAGACCACACCCUCUCAGACUGGGUCCUGAGGCAGGUGCAGGCAGACAGGGCCCUGUACCUGAUGUGCACGGUGCCGGCCUUCUGCCGCCUCGCAGGGCUGGCACUGGGUCACUUGAGCCGCAGCAGGCUGGGGCCCCAGGACGCAGAGCCGUGGACCCCCAGGACGCUGUGUGAGCUCUACUCUUGGUACUUCCGGAUGGCCCUCGGUGGGGACGGGCAGGAGAAGGGCAAGGCGAGCCCUCGCAUCGAGCAGGUGGCCCACGGCAGCCGCAAGAUGGUGGGCACACUGGGCCGCCUGGCCUUCCACGGGCUGGUCAGGAGGAAGUAUGUGUUCUACGAGCAGGACCUGAAGGCAUUUGGCGUGGAUCUCGCUCUGCUGCAGAGCGCCCUGUGCGGCUGCUUCCUGCGGCGCGAAGAGACCCUGGCCUCCGCCACGGCCUACUGCUUCACCCACCUGUCCCUGCAGGAGUUCGUGGCGGCCGCCUACUACUACAGCGCCUCCAGGCGGGCCAUCUUCGACCUCUUCACCGAGGGGGGGGUGUCCUGGCCCCGCCUGGGCUUCCUCACGCAUUUCCGUGGUGCGGCCCAGCGGGCCAUGCAGGCAGAGGACGGGCGGCUGGAUGUGUUCCUGCGCUUCCUCUCGGGGCUCCUGUCUCCGAGGGUCAACGCGCUGCUGGCGGGCUCCCUGCUGGCCCAGGGCGAGCACCAGGCCUACCGGGCCCAGGUGGCUGAGCUCCUGCAGGGCUGCCUCCGCCCCAAUGAGGCCGUGAGCGCCCGGGCAGUGAACGUCCUGCACUGCCUGCGCGAGCUGCAGCACCCGGAGCCGGCCCGCAGCGUGGAGGAGGCCCUGGAGAGCGGGGCCCUGGCGGGGCUCAGCGGCCCCCAGCACCAAGCCGCCCUGGCCUAUCUCCUGCAGGUGUCGGACGCCUGCGCCCAGGAGGCCAACCUGUCGCUGUGCCUCAGCAAGGGUGUCCUCCAGAGCCUGCUGCCCCAGCUGCUUUACUGCCGGAGCCUGAGGCUGGACAGCAACCAGUUCCAGGACCCCGUGAUGGAACUGCUGGGCAGCGUGCUGAGUGGGAAGGACUGUCGCAUUCAGAAGAUCAGCUUGGCUGAGAACCAGAUCAGUAACAAAGGGGCCAAAGCUCUGGCCAGAUCCCUCCUGGUCAACAGAAGUCUGACUUCUCUGGACCUCCGCAGUAACUCCAUUGGACCUCAAGGGGCCAAGGCUCUGGCAGAUGCUCUGAAGAUUAACCGCACUCUGGCCUUUCUGAGCCUCCAGAGCAAUGCCAUCAGGGAUAACGGAGCCAGGUCCGUGGCUGAGGCCUUGGCCGCCAACCGGACCCUCUCUGUGCUGCACCUACAGAAGAAUACCAUCGGGCCUGUGGGAGCCCAGCAGAUGGCAGAUACCCUGAAACAGAACAGGAGUCUGAAGGAGCUCAUAUUCUCCAGUAACAGCAUUGGUGACGGAGGUGCGGAAGCCCUGGCUAAGGCCCUGAAGGUGAACCAGGGCCUGGAAAGCCUGGACCUGCAGAGCAAUUCCAUCAGUGAUGUGGGGGUGGCGGCGCUGAUGGAGGCCCUCUGUGCCAACCAGACCCUCGUCAGCCUCAACCUGCGGGAAAACUCCAUCAGCUCAGAGGGAGCCCGGGAGCUGGCGCGAGCUCUCUCCAUCAACACCACCCUGAAGAACCUGGACCUGACAGCCAACCUCCUCCACGACCAGGGCGCCCAGGCCAUCGCGGUGGCGAUGAAAGAAAACCGGGCCCUCAAGUCCCUUCACCUGCAGUGGAACUUCAUUCAGGCCGGUGCUGCCAAGGCCCUGGGACAAGCACUACAGCUCAACAAGAGCCUGACCAGCCUUGAUUUACAGGAGAACGCCAUCGGGGACGAAGGCGCCUCUGCAGUGGCCAGUGCCCUCAAGGCCAACACGGCCCUCACCGCGCUCUAUCUGCAGGUGGCCUCCAUUGGCUCCCGGGGGGCCCAGGCGCUAGGGGACGCCCUGGCCCUGAACAGAACCUUGGAGAUUCUUGACUUACGAGGAAACGCCAUUGGGGUGGCGGGGGCCAAAGCCUUGGCAAAUGCUCUGAAGGUGAACUCUAGUCUUCGAAGACUCAAUCUUCAAGAGAAUUCCUUGGGGAUGGACGGGGCGAUAUGCCUUGCCACUGCACUGUCUGGAAACCAUGGCCUCCAGCACAUCAAUCUCCAGGGAAACCACAUUGGGGAAUCUGGUGCCAGGAUGAUCUCAGAGGCUAUCAGGACAAAUGCUCCUUCGUGCACUGUUGAAAUGUGAGCAAAACAAGUUCCUGGUGGACCCAGCAGGAGGACAGGCAGAGCAGCAGCUGGAAGCUUUGGAAUGGAAAGACCACUUUCCGGGGCUCCUUCCUGUGGUCUGGGAGUGAUGCUGACCCACAGAAACUGGUCUCCUGCAAGGAGGCAGGAAAGGUGCUGCCGGAGGUCAUGAGCAGCUCUCCUGGACCCAGGCCAGUCCCGGCAUGGGUGAGCGGGAUUCUCUGCUAUGCUGCAGAGCAGGGAAGGGCUCCAUCAAUGACACAGGCCUUAAAGCUCAGCAGGUAAGAAGCCGGUGUGAACUCGUUUAUACCUGGAGGUCUUCACGCGCCUCUAACGUUUAUUACUAUUGCCCUUCUUCGCUGGUCACAGUCAACCCCCCCUCCCCACCCAACUCUGAAACGAGCUGCCAUCUUUGAGCCUAUAUAGGGGGUCCAUCUGGCAUUGGUGACAGAAAGAACCUCUUUUUUCUCAAGAAGAAUACAAGGUCUUAGGAGUAUGAUCGUUAGAGACACACAGAAAAAUUAUGAGAAUUUUUUUGAAGAGAAAUGAAGGCUUUCAUUACAGGAUUCUGGAGAAAAAGACAAAAAAAGUUGUUGUCCAAGCUUCUUGCCAUCUUUUAUCCAUUACAAAAUCUCUCAAAGGCACAGAUUGUCUGGUAGACGAGACGUGGGGUCUGGCACGUGGGUUAUCAACAGCACUGUAAAUGUGGAUGUCUUCAUGAUGUUCCUCUACGCUGGCUUCCAAAGCACUCCUGUGUGCGAAGUUUCUCCAGGAAGGCGAGCAAGCUGGGCCUCCACGUGGUACAGGAUCCCUUGGUGUCUGUGAGGAAGGGGAAAAGAUCCCGAUGGACGCCACAGCUCUCAUGCACUAAAUAACCAAGGGAAAUGCUUAUGAAGAUUAUGAUGCAAUUCUCACUUUAAAGUUUGAACAGGAAGCACUCUUCUAAAUGGGCCUUUAAAACUGAAUAUUUGGGCAAGAAUCCUCGAUGGAUGCUAAAACUAUGGAUGAAAGUCUUAUCAAGGGAGAAGAUACUCGCCCGGCCUCAAAAUUUGACCCCAGAAGGGAUAGCUCCGAAGGGGGAAAAAAGCAUCUUUAAAGAUAGACAAUUCUGCAAAUGCUUUUUUAACAAAUGAUUAAACUUAACAUCACCGAUAAGGGGCCAGAUGGACACAACAGGCCUCCGAUGGGACGCCCAUGCCAGAUGGACACACCAUGCCAAAGACACUGAUUUGAACCCAAAUCAAGCAGCAUUCUGCAAAAGAUAAUAAUAAAAACUAGCCUAACCUCUUCAAAAACGUCAGUGCCAUGUAAAAUACAAAAGGCUGUGGACUAUUUUAAACUGUAGGAGAUUGAAAAGACGUUAACUCCUUACUGCCAGAUCUCUGAGUGGAUCCUUGACUGAAGAAAAACAAUCCGCCAUAAAGAAAAGUUAUCUGGAAACGGGAUGUCUGAACGUGGGUCUUGUGUUGUAUUUAUGUGGAUUGCUGGGUUUGGAAACAUUUUUUUUGCUGGGUAUAGAAUUUUAGGCUGGUAUUUGGCUCUUGGUACUUUCAAGAUGCUGCUCUACUGUCUUCUGGUGUAUGCAGUGUCUGGCUGCGCCCACCUAGUCGCAAACCUGACGGAUCAGGUUGCGGUAGCCCAGCGGCGGAGAGAGCCGUGCCAUGCAGGAAUCCAGCGCCGGGCAAACCCUGGGCCAUGAGAAAAAUCAUGCUCUCCAGGGACUCGAAGAGCAAGCCACACCAAAAUGGGAAGUCUCCCUAGCAGCCUACUGACAAGGCCCCCGCUCUUGCCCGCUGGCAGAGCAGAGACAUUUUACAAGGAAUAGCUCCACCACCACAGGGCAGGACAGAGGGGAACUGCACUGAGGCAGUAAACCCAUAGCCAGGGUGGUGGGACUUCUCGUUUUCUCAUUUUGAACAGUUUCGACUCUUGCGUCUUUGUGGCCACUAUGUUGUUCACUUCUGCCAUGACUCAGUCCCAGUUGGCACAGUCUUUCUCUCACUUUUUUAAACCUCAGAAGUUCGGAGAUGUCCUCACAUCUUCCUUAUCUCUUCUUAAUAUGCUCAAACCUCCCUCCACCAUCUCAGUAAAGGGAUGAGAGUUAAAAAUAUCUGAAUGUCCUUUUUUUUUUUUUUUUAAAAGAUUUUAUUUAUUUAUUUGACAG